CGCUGCCGCCGGCUCCAGGUUAAAGCCGAAAAGCCGGCGCCGAGCAAGCCGGGGAGGUGAGGAUGGGUUUUCUCCGCUGGCUCGUGGCUUCUGCGCUCUGCAUCUUCAUCUGGGGACAGGACUAUGUGCUUUCCCGCCCACCCCCUCAGUUCGGCUCCAUCUACCACGUCCGAGGGCUCAUCAAGCUGCCCUACGCCGAGAUCGAGGAGCCCUUCGAGGCCUGGUACAACCUGACGGGGAACAAGAGCCGCAUCCAGUAUUAUGGAGGGCAGGUGAUAACCUACCAGCUGGCGGCGGUGAAACCCUACGGGAUGAGGUACAAGAUCACGCCGGAGACCACCGAGAAGGAGGUGAACGCCAGGAAAUGCUUCCAGCUGCCCGGCUCCGAGGAGGACGUGGUGAAGGCUCAGAGCGUCUUCCCCAACAUGAAAGGCUUUAAGUUCCUGCGGGAGGAGUACUACCAGGGCCGGUACUGCGCCGUGUGGCAGAACAGCACCCGCUGGGCGCAGAAGAAGAACGUCUACACCCUGUGGGUCACCAACUCCAGCUGCGGGGUGGCCCCCGUGCACUACGAGAUGCGGGGCUACAACAGCCUGCUGGGCUCCCACUACGACAAGUACGAGAUCGACUACACCGACUUCGACAACAGCUACCCCCCCUCCGUGUUCGACCUGCCCGUCAAUGCGAGCAAGUGCGGGGUGCUGCCCGGCAGCGUGGCGGAGCACCGGGUACUGGCAAACCCCAUGGAGGACCUGGUGGGGCAGCACCAGCCCUGGGCACACCAGGCUUUCCACGAGUACCGGCGGCGGAUGGGGCGGCGGUACGGCUCGGUGCGGGAGCUGGAGCACCGGCAGAGCGCCUUCGUGCACAACAUGAGGUUCGUGCACUCCCGGAACCGCGCCGCGCUCUCCUACACGCUGGCCCUCAACCACCUGGCCGACCGCACGCCCCACGAACUGGCAGCCCUGCGGGGCCGCCGGCGCAGCGGGGACCCCAACAACGGGCAGCCCUUCCCUGCCCACCUCUACACCGGCCUCAUCCUGCCCGAGAGCCUCGACUGGCGCAUGUACGGCGCCGUCACCCCCGUGAAGGACCAGGCUGUCUGUGGGUCCUGCUGGAGCUUCGCCACCACGGGUGCCAUGGAAGGUGCCCUGUUCCUCAAGACCGGCGUGCUGACCCCCCUGUCCCAACAAGUCCUCAUCGACUGCUCCUGGGGCUUCGGGAACUACGCCUGUGACGGGGGAGAGGAGUGGAGAGCCUAUGAGUGGAUCAAGAAACACGGUGGCAUCGCCAGCACCGAGUCCUACGGCACCUACAAGGGGCAGAAUGGCCUGUGCCACUACAACCAGUCGGAGAUGCUGGCCAAGAUCACGGGCUACGUCAACGUCACCUCGGGCAACAUCACGGCCGUCAAAGCCGCCAUCUACAAGCACGGCCCCGUGGCCGUGAGCAUCGACGCCUCCCACAAGAGCUUCUCCUUCUACUCCAACGGCAUCUACUACGAGCCCAAGUGCGAUAACACACCGGGAUCGCUGGACCACGCGGUGCUGGCCGUGGGCUACGGGGUCCUGCAGGGAGAGACCUACUGGCUCAUCAAGAACUCCUGGUCCACCUACUGGGGCAAUGAUGGUUACAUCCUCAUGGCCAUGAAGGACAACAACUGCGGCGUGGCCACCGAGGCCACUUACCCCAUCCUGGCCUGAGCCACCCCGGCUCUGCAGGGACAGCCCUCGGUGACACUCUGGGCACCCAGCCCUGGAUCAGCCCCUUCGGUGGAGCCCCCACGCAGCAGGAAGCAGGACAGGGCCCCGGGGUGCUGGACACGGGGCAGGAUGGGGACCUGGCAGUGGGCUUGCCAAUAAAGACACUGGAAAAAUACUGGAGUGCUUCUGCAGGAGGGAUUCAACUGCUGCCCAGCCAGCUGUGCCCCCUGUGUGCAGACCCCAGCGACACAUCCUGUCCC